GAGAGCGAAGGGGCUGCGUUGCCGCCAUGGGGGCCGUUCUAGGGGUUUGUUCCGUGGCCAGCUGGUAGUAGUUUGGAGUUAGUCCCUAUCAAGAGAGAGUUAUGUGCAUAUGUGCAAGAUACCAUGCCUGUGCAGCGGUGCAUCAUGUUUGCUGUGUCGCUGUUGUCCCAACAGCAAGAAUUCUACGGUGACUCGGCUUAUUUAUGCCUUCUUGCUUCUACUAAGUACUCUUGUUGCUUGUAUCAUGCUGGCACCAGGAAUGGAAAUGCAGCUGAAAAAGGUGCCUGGAUUUUGUGAUAAGUUGGUUCACUGUGAAGAAUUGGUUGGAUACAGAGCAGUCUACCGAGUCAGUUUUGCCAUGGCGGUGUUUUUCUUUCUCUUCUCACUAAUCAUGAUACAAGUGAAAUCAAGUAAAGAUCCAAGGGCUUCUGUACAUAAUGGGUUUUGGUUCUUCAAAAUAGCUGCCAUUGUUGGCAUCAUGGUUGGAGCAUUUUACAUUCCAGAAGGACCUUUCACAACAGCGUUGUUUGCCAUUGGCACUUGUGGGGCCUUCUGCUUCAUUUUAAUCCAGCUGGUACUGCUUGUUGAUUUUGCGCACUCCUGGAAUGAAUCCUGGGUUGAACGAAUGGAAGAGGGAAACUCCAAAUGCUGGUAUGCAGCUCUGUUGACAUGUACUGGCCUUUUCUACACCCUGUCCUUUAUUGCCGUUGUGCUCUUCUAUGUCUUCUACACAAAACCUGAUGCCUGUACGGAGAACAAGUUUUUCAUCAGUUUUAAUAUGCUUGUCUGCAUUGCUGUGUCAAUCACAUCAGUCCUUCCAAAAGUCCAGGAACACCAGCCUCGUUCUGGCCUUCUCCAGUCUUCUAUCAUUACUCUCUACACAAUGUACCUCACUUGGUCAGCCAUGUCCAAUGAGCCUGAACGCAUCUGUAACCCAAGUCUUCUGAACAUCAUCAGCCAGAUAGCUGCUCCUACUUCCAUCCCAGCAAAUGUAACUGCUAUUGUACCUCCUGUUGUUCCUACACCUGGACCACAAAAGCUGCAGUGGUGGGAUGCACAGAGCAUUGUUGGACUUACAGUCUUUGUACUUUGUCUCUUGUAUUCCAGUAUCCGAUCUUCCAACAACAGUCAAGUGAGCAAACUGACUCUGUCGACAAGUGACAGCGUCAUUUUGGACGAUACUACCGGAACUGGUAGCGAUGUAGAAGAUGGAGAAAUUCGCCGGGUCCCGGAUAAUGAAAAAGAUGGUGUCCAGUAUAGUUAUGCCUUCUUCCACUUCAUGCUGUUUCUUGCCUCCCUGUAUAUCAUGAUGACUCUUACUAAUUGGUACAGCCCUGAUGCCGAAUUCAAAACUCUGACAAGCAAGUGGCCAGCUGUCUGGGUGAAGAUCUCCUCCAGCUGGGUUUGUCUCCUCCUCUAUCUCUGGACCUUAAUGGCACCUCUUGUCCUUCCUAAUCGGGACUUCAAUUAAACGAUAAUUUCUCUGAAAGCAUAGAAACAUGAAGUUCCUCUCUGCUGAAAGCCAAAUGGUCUGUAUCGCUUCUUGGAGCCAAGGCUCCAGCCAUCUCUCCUGCAACAUAUACAGAUGAAUAGAAAGCUGCUAACUUGUAUAAUGCUUGAUGCAAAAAUCUAAGCUCUGUACAUUUUGAUAUGUUUAAAUGAAAGCUAGCUUUACCAUUAGUCUACAGCUGUGCUGUUUGAUACCGUAAAAAAGCCAGUAGUGUAAACAACAAGAGUUGAAAGAAAAAUUGCUUGAGCUUAAAGUAAUAUAUUUUAAAGUUAUUCCAAUGCUUCAGUAUAUGGAAGUGAAAGCCAUACUGCAGGUGUACAUUCCAUUUCAAGAAAACAUGUUUAAUUGUGUAUUAACAUACAGAAUGUUUUUCUCAAUGGAGCAGCAUGUUAUAUAGUAUGGGAAGUUCAAAUUAGCAAUUUUUGGAUCACUGUAGAAGACCAAUUUUAUAGAUAAAUUCUACUGAACUUUAGUAUUUGUCAGUUAAUUCCAAAUGAAGUAUCUACUAUGCUUUAAUUAAAUUAUAUUAAAAUAAUUUGAAGUGC